GAGCUCAUCCUUCUCAAAUGUAAAUCGUCUUUCCAUGCAGACAAUGAUAUAAUUUCGUAGACUAAUUAGCUCCGUCUCCCUAUAAUCUAUGUAUAUCUUUAUUUGCCAGACUCACCGUUUUUAAAUGCGGAUGACCAACCGAACUGGUUAAAGCUGCUAACUGUGAACUAUAAUGGCAUUUCCAUUUGCGUGUACUGGACUUCAUCAGAGAUUGGAACGCUUUGCUGACUCAAAUGGAAUAAAAUUUAAUCAGCUAGAAAAAUAUAGUUGGCCAAGGUUGGCACUUGACAGUGUUUUCUUUGCUUUGCUUUCUAUUAUCUCACAUGAUGCAGAGCUCGCUAAAGGGGUGGGUGACUGUGUCUCGACUUUGUAAUAAAGAUUGAUACGGAACUACACGCAAAUUCGGUUGGUGGGUGUUGACUGUUGAGUGAUAGCAGUGGGUCUUUAAGCAUUUUCACAUGUCCAAACUCCAACUCAUUCGGGGUGGAGGACGGAGUCCGGUGGGAGAUUCUCCUUUAUAAGGCUUUCAUUAUUUUGAUCUCUAUCGGCUCAAUCGAUCUUACCAAGUAUAGCCUUUUUCUUUUGCCUUUUUGUCAUUUCCCAUUGUCUCUUAUGGAGUCGUUCUCUUUUUUGUUGAUAAUUUCAAUUUUCUAUCUUCUCUUCAAAAUAUGGAAUUGGAUCAAUAACGUGAGAGACCAACAAUGUUACAUUUUGGAUUACCAAUGCUACAAGCCCAGUGAUGAUAGGAUGGUGGGGACUGAGUUCUGCGGGGAAGUGAUAAAGAGGAACAAGAAUCUCGGACUCAACGAGUACAAGUUCUUGCUGAAAGCCAUUGUCAGUUCAGGCAUCGGAGAACAAACCUACGCCCCGAGGAUCAUGUUUUCCGGAAGAGAAGAGAGCCCGAAACUGGAAGAUGGGAUCUUGGAAAUGGAAGAGUUUUUUCACGAUAGCAUCGAGAAGGUGUUAUCAAGGGCAGGCAUAUCUCCUCAAGAAAUCGAUCUCUUAGUCGUCAAUGUCUCCAUGUUAUCCACAGUUCCUUCUUUGUGUUCUCGGAUCAUAAACCACUACAAAAUGAGACCAGACAUCAAGUCUUUUAACUUAACUGGAAUGGGGUGUAGUGCUAGUCUGAUUUCUCUUGACAUUGUUCGCAAUGUCUUCAAGUCUUACAAGAACAAGUUCGCAUUGCUUGUGACUUCGGAAUCGUUGAGUCCGAAUUGGUAUGCUGGCAACGAUAGAUCGAUGAUUCUCUCCAAUUGUUUGUUCCGUUCGGGUGGCUGCGCAGUACUUUUGACAAACAACAAGUCCUUGAAGCAUCGAGCAAUGUUCAAAUUGAAAUGCUUGGUGAGAACACAUCAUGGAGCCAAAGAUGAUUCGUAUGGUUGUUGUAUCCAAAGGGAAGAUGAUAAAGGAAGGAUGGGAUUUCACCUUAGCAAAAGCCUUCCCAAAGCCGCAACUCGUUCUUUCGUCGAUAAUUUGAGGGUCAUCACCCCAAAGAUCCUGCCUGUUAGGGAACUAGUACGGUUCAUGGCAGUUUCACUCCUUAAAAAAUGGAACGUCGUCCGCCAUGGUUCUUCCCACAAGGGAGCUUCUCAAGGACCAAUCAAAGCUGGGGUGAACUUCAAGAGUGGGGUGGACCAUUUCUGCAUCCACACAGGAGGGAAAGCAGUGAUAGAUGGGAUCGGAAUAAGCCUUGAUUUGACCGAGUAUGAUUUGGAGCCAGCUAGGAUGACACUGCAUCGAUUUGGCAACACAUCGGCAAGUAGCCUGUGGUAUGUUUUGGCAUACAUGGAAGCCAAAAAGAGGCUGAAGAAAGGGGAUAAGGUGUUGAUGAUAAGCUUUGGUGCUGGCUUUAAAUGCAACAGUUGUUUGUGGGAGGUUGUAAGGGAUUUAGGAGAUGGGAAUGUAUGGAAAGAUGAAAUUUACAUGUACCCACCAAAGACAUUGGUUAAUCCUUACAUGGAAAAGUUUGGCUGGAUUCAAGAUGAAGAUCCUAGCACCUUCAAUCCUGGAGAUUAAAAGUCUAUUAAGGUAAAAAUAAAAUAUCUAAAUUUGAUCAUUGUAUUUCUUUGUAUACAGUCAAGUUCUUAAGAUUGUUAAAUCCCAAAGUGGAUUCAUAAACAAUAAGUUGGGCAGCUUUCGGUGAUGAGAAGUGUGCCCUUUUUUUUUUAUUAAUAAUUGGUAAUCCUUAAUUUAUUGUUGAAUUUCGAGGGAAAUUAAAAAGGAAUCAGGUUUAUAGUUGAAGAGAUUUUCAAA